GGGUUGGGGAGGGGGGUGGAACGGCAACGGGGCCGCUUAGCAACGGGACAACGCGUGGGGCAACGGAGCGGGGCGGCACGGAGUGCGCCGCCCCUUCAGCGAGAUGGCAGCACUGAGCGUCAAACCGGGACAGAGAUUCACUGUGCCCGACUGGGACGCCAACUCCCGUCUCAUCUCCGCCGAUGCCGAGAGCCAACGCUCCGCAUCGCAUCAGCUCCGGCAGGAAGCACGAGGGCUGCGAAACGAAACCAACAACCAGGCGAAAUGGGAUGAACACGACAACCGAACCCGGCUGGCUGAGCGCAUCGACAGCCUGAACAGAUGGAAGGAGACCCUGGACAAAUGCCUUGCAGACACGGACGAGGAAAUCGAUGCUUUGGCCAAAGUGAAGGAAGCAGCAGAACGAGCCCUGCAGGCCAAGAAUUUGUCCUUUGAUGUGACCAUGGAGUGUCUGACGCUCCGUGAAAGCCGACGUUCCAUCGACGUGGUGAGGGACCCCGUGGAGGAGGAGCUGCACAAAGAGAUGAAGGCGAUUGAGAAAGCCAAGAAGGAGCUGCAGGAGAAAGUGCACGAAGUCUUCGAACAGCUGUGCCUCCUGCAGGAAGCACGUCAGCAGCUCAGCUUUGAUCACCGUGGCAAGAUGGAAGCGUUGGAAAUAGAUCGUACUUGCUUAUCGCUCAGCAUCAACUCUCCCAACAUCUCCUACAAGGUGAACCCAACACGGAUCCCAAACGGAUCCACUGCGGUUGAUGAGUGGGAUCAGAAUAGCCAAUACAACAAAGAACACGCUGAGGAGGAAAUGAAGGCUUCGACUAAGCUCCGAGAAGCAACAAUGCUUUCCAUUGCCCAGACAAACAACGAGCUGGAGGCUCAGCGUGUAGCCACAGAGUUUGCCUUCCGCAAGAGGAUCAGAGACAUGGAGAGAGCCUACGAUGAGCUGAAAUGGCAGGAGAAAAAUACCUUAGAGGAGAUUGCUGAGAUGGAAGAGGACAUCAGGCGCCUGGAGGAGGAUCUAAGGAGGAAGAUGCAGGAUCUGAAGGUGGCACACACCCGCCUGGAGACCCGCACCUACCGGCCCAACGUGGAGCUCUGCAGGGACCAGGUACAAUAUGGGCUCACGGAUGAGGUCCAGCAGCUGGAAGCAUCGAUCCGUGCACUCAAGAUGAAGCUUGCAGAAGCACAGGAUGCCCUGGAUGGUCUGUACCGCCAGCUGCACCGCAUUCAGACCGACAUGGCUUGCAAAGCCAAUUCCUUGGUGCUGGACAACAAGUGCAUGGACAGCCGCAAGAAGCUGGUGGUGCCUGCAGAGAAGUUCGUCCCGCAGGUGGAUACGUUCAACCGCACCACCAACAGGCCGCCAUCCCCACCCAGAGACGGGCAGCUGGAGCUGGGAUAGGGCAGGGCGAGCAGGGGGAGGGCAAAUAUACACUGCACUGCCCUGAUUCUUCCUAUGUGCCCUUUGUUUGUUAUAUAACCGCCUGUUAAUGUGCUCCGAGGAGCGUUAAAGAAUAAAAGAGUGUCUGUCAGA